AUGAGUGUGAGAGUGUAAUUAUAAUUAUAGUACUAUAUAUGUUGUGUUAUUGAAUAAAUUUAAUAUUAUUAACUUGAAUAAAUCUUGAUUAUUUAAUUGAAUGAAUUCAGGAGUUCUGCACAGAUCCGACUGUUAUUGACUUUGUUUAUAAGUUUUGCGUAAUUUUAAAUAUCUUACAAUGCUGCUGCGCUACAUUAAAGCUUUAUAGGUUAGCGAUAUGUUACAGCUACCCGUGAGCAUUACAUUUUUGGCAUCCACGGCGGGAUAUCCUGUUUAUUUUUAGGGAUAUCCUGUGAUACGAACUUUUCUUUUUCAAUAUUGUAAGACUUUUUAAAAAAAAAAAAAAGGUGUUGUGUGUAGUGACAUAUGUUUACAUAUUUCUUUUUGUUAGUUCUUGUUGUACUGAAGCCUACUGAAAAAUUUGUACUAAGAAGUAUUCUACAAUAAACAUGGGGAAAAAUAGAAAGAGAGAGAAAGAGUGUGAUGAGGGGACCCUGUCUGAAAAAUCUGUUUCUAAACAGUCUGUAAAUGUAGGUCAGGAUAGGACUACAACUACCUCCAGUACUUCAACUGAACAUGGUAGUACACAACUCUUAAAUAACAGUCAGAAGGAUGGUCAUUUAACUGACUUCGAAACUGUCACUUUCAUUCCUGACAACAGUAAAAGAAACGGUCAGAUAACCGAUCUUGACACUGUAAAUCUCUCUUUCAACAGUAAAGGAAAUAGUAUGCUAACUAUGCCUGACACUGUCAACAGUACAAACGGUCAGAUAACCGGUCUUGAAACUGUACAUAAAUGCAUAUCCGAUAUUGAAGCAAACAACAACCCAGUUCUUCAGAGACAUUGUAAUACAUUGGAGAUAAAUGGACACCAGUGUCUUGAUAGAGGCGAUGUUACUCCAUCUAGACAGCAUUAUACGUUUAAUCAACAUGUUGAACCAGUAUGUCAAUCAGAUGUGGAAUACGAAGAGAGGAGAUUUCCAUUACCAGCAUCUCUGCCUCCAAGAAGAUCUAUGAACUUUUCACCCUCUAGAAACUAUGUACCAGUACAUGAUGGAAUUAUGAUCCAAAGAGAUAGAAAUCAAAAUGAUACAAAUGAAGUGACGAAGGUUAAGGAUGUUUUACAGACCAUGAGUCAAAUUUUAGAAACAAUGAAUGAUAAAAUAAGUAAUGGAACCCACAUUCAACCCAUGCCUCAGAGAAAGCAGAAAACUAAAUCUGUACCAAGGUUACAUAAGAGAUCCAAAUCCAGUUACGGUGACUCUGAUGACAUCUCUAGCUCUUCAGGAGACAGUUCAGACAACAUUUCUGACAGUAAUGAUGAUAGCGUGUCAACUAGAAUAGUGACAGACAAGAGAACAAAACGUUCUACAUGCAAGUUACCUCCCUUUACUGGAGAAGGAAAGGAGAAAUGGUCCGUUUGGAAAAGUCGUUUUGAAACUGUAGCGAGUAGAUCUCGAUGGUCAGAUGAAGAAAAAUUGGAUGAACUCUUACCAAAACUACAUGGAGAAGCUGGCGAAUUUGUAUUUGAUCAGUUGAAACACAAAACUAGAAGCAACUACCGUAAACUUGUGGAUGAGCUGGAUAGCAGAUAUAGAAUUGUGGAAACAAAAAAAUCCUUAGAGGCGAAAUUUAGCAACCGUAAACAAAGACCCAAUGAAAGUGUAGAAACAUAUGCUACAGAACUAAAGAAACUUUAUGCAAAAGCAUAUCCUGAUAGAGACGACAAAACUAAACGAGAGGAUCUUCUUAGAAGAUUUUUCGAUGGUUUAACUGAUGAAAAGGUUCAAUCGCAAGUAGAAUUUGUCAAGGAUCCUGACAACAUUGAUGAUGCAGUCUUUGAAGUGGUUAAUUUCCAAGAUAUGAAUAAAAGAAACAGCAAUAAGCAGGAGAAAAAAAUGACAAGGGCCAUAACUGAAGCUCCUCAGAAUAAUUUCAAGAAUAAUCACAGAAACAAAGAAACUUCAACUGGUACACAACAAAAGCCAAAGGUUAACAACAAGUCGUCAAAUUACUCAUCAUCAGAAAAUCAGCUGCAAGAUGAAAUGAAUAAACUUAGACAACAAAUGUCAGAGAUUCAGAAAUCCAUUGAACAACUGAGUCAAAGAAACCCUCCUUUUAAGAAUACAAAAUCCUCCAUGUCAUGUUAUCAUUGUGGAAAACUUGGUCACUUCAAACAGGAUUGUCCCAUGUUGCGUUUUCAACCAUAUGUAGCUCCUCCUGUAAGCCAACAUUAUAAUGGAAGUUCUAGAUACAACUCGUAUUCUGCUGCUCCUUUAAACAUCCAAGGAUCGUAACUGGUGGUCGAGGAACGGUCCAUGACUCUGAGAAGAAUGAUCUACAAAAGACCAAAAAUGAAAAUGCUAUAAAUCGUAAUUACCAAAGAAGUCCUGGAAUUUACGUUGAAGGACAAAUUAAUGGAUCUUGUCUUAUAUUUACUAUAGAUACUGGAGCUUCCAGAACAAUUUUGUCAAAAUCAGUCUUCGAAACUUUGGAGAAGAAACCUCCUCUAUAUAAGACUACUGGAAUUUUGAAUGCCUGUGGCAGAGAAAUAGAAGUGCUUGGUGAAGCAAAAUUUACAUUGAAAUUGGGAGAUUUCCUAACUGAUCAGCACAUCAUAGUUGCAGAAAUAGAUGAUGAUUGUCUUUUGGGUGUUGAUGUCCUAUAUGCAGAACAUAAUAUGCCUGCAGAAAUAUUACUGAGUAAAGGGAUACUUAAACUACAAAAUAAGGAAAUUCCUUGUUUCCAGACAACUACUACAAACAGCAAAUGUCGUAGAGUUACGGCUGCAGACAAUUACGAAAUUCCACCGUUCAGCGAAAGAGUCAUACAGGCCUUUGUUGAGAGAUCUAAAGAUCCCAAUGAACAAAAGGAGUUAUUAAUUGAGCCGUCAGAACUUUUCGCUGAACGAUACGAACUUCAUAUGGCGAAUACUCUUGUAGAUAUUAAAAACAAUACUACUGUACCUGUAAGACUACUUAA